AUGCCAGCUUAUUGUGUUGCAUCUAACAAGGUGUUGCUGCUGGGCCUAAUUCUACUAUUUUUCUAUUGUGGCACCGGAGAAAGCCAAGAAAACAAUCAACAACGUGAUAAUAAUGCUGGCAUACGAUACACAGUGCAAUUCACGUCGUCAACAUUACCCAAUGGUACCAGUGUAGAGGAUCCAGAGGCUAUUCAAGAUGCCUUUUUACAAUAUCUUGAACGCAACAACGUUAAUGUCACUGUGCGUUAUCGAUUUACGGACAUCAUGAAUGGCAUGUCCAUUAUGUUGCCACCUGAUACAGUUUUACCACAAUGGCCACCACCACCCCCAUCAUCAUCAUCAAACAGCUCUUUAAGCAUGGCAACCAUUGAACAUCACCAUGGCAACGCAUCCUCUCUUGUAUCCAGCGACUUCCAUCCAACAGCCUUUUUGACUCAAACGUUACAAACAUGCCCCUACGUAAAUCGAUAUUGGCAAGGAAAACGGUAUCGUCGACCCCAAGUGCGUCGUGGAACCCUGUCGCCUGAUGACGUUCCUGGAUUACCUAAUUUACCAGCAGCACAUGAAUUGACGGGUGUAGACCAAGCAAAACUAUCAAAUUGGACAGGCUAUGGUAUCCGUGUUGGUAUCCUGGAUACGGGUGUCGAUUACACACAUCCUGCUCUUGGUGGAUGCUUUGGUCCAGGUUGCAAAGUGGCUUAUGGUUAUGAUCUAGUAGGUGACGCUUCAAAUGCAGACGAAACAAUAGAUGGCUACGGCAUCAAUCCCGAUGAUGAUCCAAUGGACACGUGCGAUGGCCAUGGGACCCAUGUAGCAGGUAUCAUUGCUGCCAACGAUACAAAAAUGGGAUUUGAAGGUGUUGCCCCUGGUGUAGAGCUGGGUGCAUGGAGGAUUUUUGGAUGUCAGGGUGAUACCGAUGAUGAUAUUAUUCUUAUGGCAGCUGAAAUGGCUGUCAAAGCAGGGAUGGAUAUCAUCAACCUUUCAUUGGGUGGCGGUGUGAGUGCGUGGGAAGAGGAUGCAUUGGCCGUAGCUCUGUCCAACAUUGCUGACAAAGGCAUCAUGGUGGCUGUGGCUCAAGGGAAUGAAGGAAGAGAUGGCAUCGCUCGCACACCAUCACCAGCUAUUGGUGAGCAUGUGAUGGCUGUAGCCUCUUUUGAAAAUGCUGAAAAGUUUGGUCACGUGUUCCACAUUGCUGACAAUGACGCACAUUAUGGUCCUUUUGAAUAUACUAUGUCCGAUGGCCGUUUUCAAUUCCCUAAUGAUACCCAAGCGCUUUUUCCAUUCACGGUCCUUUUGGAUCCUUCUCUAAACAACACCUCGUCUGAUGAGGCGCUUUUCGCAUCUGUCAGCAAAUCAUGUGAACCUAUCAAUGUGGAUUUGACAGGUAGCAUUGUCCUUGUGCAGCGUGGCUCAUGCGAAUUUGGUCAAAAAGCAAUGUAUGCGCAAACGGCAGGCGCUGCAGGAUUGCUUGUAUGGGAUAGAAAGGAAGAUGAAGCCAUCCAAAUCGAUUUAGAAGGAUAUGAAAACAUUGACAUCCCUGUUGGCUCGGUGGAUGGUGACUUAGGGCAUCGGCUUGUAAAGCAAUACGUUGACAAUCAAAACCAAACGGUGGGCUUUAGCGAUAGCCUCAUUCGCAUGCCCAAUGGUGGUAAACCAUCAAAAUUCUCGACUUGGGGACCGGAUGCAGAGCUGCAUCUCAAGCCUGAUAUUGCUGGGAUUGGUGGUACUGUAUUUUCUACAUAUCCAGUGAGCAUGGGCAGCUACAGGGUGCUGAGUGGCACAAGCAUGGCAACGCCCUAUCUUUCUGGAAGCACAGCUUUGUAUUUGCAAGCAAAAGGACGACAUGGUACCAAACGUACGAUAACGGCAUUGCUCAAUCAUGCAUCACCCACAUUUUUGUCACACUCCGAUGCCAAUGGCACUGAGUUGAUCGAUACACCCAUUAAACAAGGAGCAGGUCUUGUGCAAGUGUUGGAUGCCAUUCGAGGGACCGUGCGUGUGAACCCUUUUAAAAUUUCUUUAAAUGACACAGCCAACUUGCCUACCAAUGUCACUAUCACGAUCCAUAAUGAUUCCCACGAUACCAAGAACUUCACACUACACCAUUUACCCGCUGCCUCUAUCUCAGGAUACAAUCUUACUUCAAGUGCCGUUCCACUUGCAAAGCCCAAGUAUCUUCAUGCACAUGCCGAUGUUCACUUUGACGAAACCAGUAUUGUUGUCCAUGACAACCAAUCAGCUGUUGUCACUAUUGCAUUCCACCCACCUAAUGUCAAACUCGAAAACGAGCACGCAAUCUAUGGUGGCUAUAUUGAAGUAAGAUCGCAAAAUGAGGAUGAUGAUGAGCCUGCUGUUCGUGUACCCUACAUGGGCGCUCAAGGUGCUCAGCGUGAUCUUGCCAUUUUGGAUAGGAAUCGAGGAUAUCCCUUCAUCGGUAACCGCUAUGGUGAGCCAUUGACCAAGAUACCCACAUACAACUUUGCUCGAAAUGAUAUGCUUUAUUUGUUCUUGCGGAUUGGCAACCCAACACGGCAAUUAAGAUCCGAGCUUCUCUACAAUAACGGCACCGUGGUGGGCAACUUGCCUGGUUUAUACGAUGCAUGGUUGGCUCGUAAUGACCACAGCGAUGAAAAUUUCGAGUAUGCUUAUGAAUGGAAUGGUGGUGUCUAUGUACCUGGUCCAAGUGAUCAAUAUCGCCAUGGUCGUCAUCGUCAUCGUCAUCAUCAUACUAAAGCAUGGCAUCAUCUUCCACGUGGUACCUAUCGAUUACGAGUCUCAGCUUUGCGUAUCUUUGGUAAUCCUGAUCAAGAAGAGGAUUGGGAUAUUUGGGAAUCGAAACCAUUCCAUGUGCUAGAGGAUGGCAUGGACAUGAGCCGAUAUAGUGCUUUAGAUUUACUAGCGGCAAGAGAAUAG